UUGACCCCUACCUUGGGAGCGAUACAUCUAGGGACGAUAGCAAUACACGAGCUACGAAGGACAGAGCGGACGCGAGAUACAUGGCGUUGGCAGGUCCUCGCCGUCCUUGCUCUGCCGCGGCAUGGACCUGCCCGGGACCCCCACUCACUGCCCCUAUCCUCCCGUUUUGAAUUUGGAUCUCAUGGUCAUACUCUUCCCCUUCCUCCAUCCUCCUCAGUCCGGCAGACCUCUCCAUGCGAGAUCUGUGCUUAUGUUUGGGUUUCUGGUCGAUUUGGUCUGGAAUCUCGACGCGGGCGGCUCGAAUUGAAGAGUCCGGCUCUCUGAGCUGAUCUGACCAUGGCUUUGUUUGAUUUUGUUUCAGUUGAGGCCGAGGCAAAGACCACUUUGCCGGAGCAGAGGGAGAUAGGGAUGAGACCAUGGAGUUGUUCCCGCAGAGCUUCGGCCUGGGUGUCGUGCAGGACGCAGCUGCCCCUGAUGCUACCAAUCUUCAAGUGUAGGGAGCAAGAGAAGCAGCAGCUGACCAUCUUCUACGGUGGGAAGGUGCUUGUGUUCAACGACUUCCCUGCAGAUAAGACGAAGGGCCUGAUGCAGAUUAUUGGCAAGGGCAAUCCUGUAAUUCAGAACGUCUCUGCGCCCGUAACUGUUACCAAGCUCAGGUUGAUGCUCACAAGUCUGCUCACUGAUAUGUCAAUUGCUAGGAAGGCGUCACUUCACCGAUUCCUUGAGAAGAGAAAGGAUCGUCUGCAUGCAAAAGCCCCAUAUCAAGAUUCUCCUUCAGAUGCAACACCAGUCAAGAAGGAGCCUGUGAACCAGGCUUGGUUUGGACACGGCUAAUAAUAAUGCGCUGAAACCAAACCCUGUGUCUGCAAGAGGAGAGCGAUGGGAGAUCUGGUCUGUGCCAUAUAAUUGCUACCAGAAUAUUGUUGUAUCGACUUACCGAGAUACUCGAAGGAUGUCAUUUUGAUUUUUUGAAGGCAUGUAGCCUGUCCCAAAACCAGAGGGAUGAAUUGUUUUGUUUGGUUAUGGAGUGAUUACUUUAAACCCUCUACAUAGAAAGGGAGUUCAAACUGAAUUUAAUAUCCCUUCCUGUUCUAAGGGAUGGCAUGUAGUACUACAUUAUGAUAAGUUCUGUUUGUGAACAAGCUGAUGUGGUUGUUGUA